CGUGUAGCCCUCAGACAUGGCGUCCGCCGGUGGUGGUGUUGACAGGUCACAGAGCUCUGUGAGGAAGAGACGUGUGGAGAGCAGAAACACGGAGUCAAAGAGUCCCGACAGCAGUGAAGAACAUGGAGCAGAUAACAGCGAGGACACGGAGAAAGAAAAGAGACAGAGUCGGUCGUUACAGACCGGAACUUACUGGCUCACUCGCAUCCUGCUGCUGCGCUGCGUCGCCUUCAUCUACUUUGUGGCGUUCAGCGUUGCUUACAACCAGAACAAGCAGCUGAUAGGCGAGCGCGGCCUGAUGCCCUGCAAGAACUACCUCAACAGCGUGAAGCGCUAUGUGGGGGGAAAGAUAGGCAUGGCCGCCUUCGCCUACACGCCCUCCAUCCUCUGGCUCUUCGACUGGAGCGACAUGGAUGCCAACCUGGAUGGCAUCGCCCUGGUGGGGAUGGCGCUGUCUGGGUUUGUCCUGGUGACGGGAAUGGCCAACAUGGUGAUCAUGGUUACACUGUUGCUUUACCACUCCCUGGUCAGCGUGGGACAGCUGUGGUACUCCUUCGGUUGGGAGAGUCAGCUGUUGGAGACAGGGUUUCUGGCCAUUUUCCUGUGUCCAGUGUGGAGUCUGUCCCAGGUCCCCCGCCGCUGUCCCCCCUCCCUCAUCUGCAUCUGGACCUUCAGAUGGCUCAUUGUUCGCAUCAUGCUGGGAGCUGGUCUCAUUAAAAUCAGAGGCGACAAAUGCUGGAGAGACCUCACCUGCAUGGACUAUCACUACGAGACCCAGCCAGUUCCUAACCCCAUGUCCUACUACAUGCACCGCUCCCCGUGGUGGUUCCAUCGCUUCGAGACGCUGUCCAACCACCUCAUCGAGCUCAUCUUCCCGCUCUUCACCUUCUUGGGCAGGCAGAUGUGCGCGUUCAACGGAGCGAUCCAGAUCCUUUUCCAGGUGGUUCUGAUAGUGAGUGGGAACCUCAGUUUCCUUAACUGGCUGACCAUUGUUCCCAGUCUGGCCUGUUUUGACGACGCAUCGCUGGGCUUCUUGUUUAACUCUAGAGGUGGAGCUAAGAAGGCUGUGCUCGAGAUACAGAACGAGGAUGCAGCUGGACGCACCCCCAAACCCACCAAAGGUAUGACGAUACGUUGGGUGGUGAACAUUUCUUUGGGCGUUCUGAUCGGCUACCUGAGCAUUCCCGUGGUGAUGAACCUGUACAGUUCCAAGCAGGUGAUGAACACCUCUUUCGACCCGCUGCGCAUCGUCAACACCUACGGGGCCUUUGGCAGCAUUACCAAGGAGCGUACCGAGGUGAUCUUCCAGGGCACUCUGAGCCAGGAUCCCAAGGACCCUGAGGCGCUUUGGGAGGAGUACCAGUUCCUGUGUAAGCCAGGGGACGUUUACCGACGACCAUGCGUCAUAUCACCGUACCACUACCGGCUGGACUGGCUCAUGUGGUUUGCUGCCUUCCAGACCUACGAGCAGAGUGAGUGGGUGAUCCACAUAGCAGGACGUCUGCUGUCCAAUGACAGCAGCGUCCUGUCCCUGCUCGACCACAACCCCUUCCACGGCAGAGAAACUCCCAGGUGGGUUCGAGGGGAACAUUUCAGAUACAAGUUCAGCCAGCCGGGCACCACCAGCGCAGCUCAGGGGAAGUGGUGGCUGAGGAAACGCAUCGGAGCCUACUUCCCUGCAGUGGACCUGGAAGGACUCAAGGGCUACUUCCAGUCCAGGAGCUGGCCCCACCCUCACAUACCAACAAACAGGAGCUAAAGCCAUGACCUUUGACCUUUUCACUACAGCACCAAGAGGAGACAUCAGAGGACUUCAGGUGUUUGAGGUUGGAAAGAGGUCAGUUUCAGUCGUGAUGCUGCUGGAGUUGAACUCCGGGUUCAAAGGACCAUCAAGUUUUUUUAAGGUUGCCAUGUUUCAUGAAGAACUGCUUGAUAAAUUCCUGAUAUUUAAUCACAAUGUGACACUUUUCAAGGUUUCAUUUAGGGAUGCAUCUAUGUAUCACAGGUAAUUACUGCCUCUUGUAUCUCAUAAAACAACCUCAGUGAACGCCUAACAUUGAAUGUGACUUCAACAUUAAAACUGCUUCAAUUUUA